AUGAAUCAACAAUUGGAGACGUGUUUACAGCUUCUACGAUCUUCAACAACGUUUUCCGAUCAAAGUAUUUUAUCUUAUUCUCUCGGUUUUUGUUGAACUUGGAAUUUGGCAGAAGCUGUGUGGCGAGAUGACCCUUUCAAGUUUCUUUUCGAUACAUUAAAUGAGGUUUUUCGUGAUUAUGGUUUUUUUUAUUUCUUUUAUUUUUUAGCAAAUCAGGAGGAAGGGGGUUGAGUUUGCUGAUGCAAAGGAUCGUUCACUGGAAGAAUCUGUCCCAUCAACUUCUUAUGAACAACCGAAAGAGAAGGAUGUCGACUACAGAAACCUGUAUUCUCGGUUACUCGCCUCGAUUUUUGAGAAGGUUUCAAUUUGGUUAUAAACUGUAAUUGAAUUUUUUUCAAGUUGAGAGAUUGUUUGGUGUUCAUUCGUGACGAAGAAAAUUCUGACGAGUAUACAAUUUUGUCUUUGCAAAAUUUGUCUGUCGUUUCUUCUUCUUUCCAGUUUUUUGUACUUUCGGGCGUUUUGCCCUAUCUUGACGAUGGUGAGGUUAUUCUUCAGUUAUUUUUUUCCAAUUGAGAUCUUCUGCAGGUGUAGGAAUGAGUGUCAGCGCGAGGUCAGCUUUUAUCAAAACUUGGAAAACGGCGGAUGGAGAUAUUCAAGCCAAAAGAGACGGAGUUCGUUGAUAAUUAUUUUUCUACCAAAAUGCAAAAUUUGAUAAUUUCCAGUUACUCGAUAGCUGCUCAAUCAUUUUUGGCCUUUUGGAAAGUAAUGAAUUACUCAGAACUGAGCUUGUUAAACGUUAUGUGAACGAUAUUCUUUGUGCCAAUUUCGAGGUAAUAACCAUUUCAGAGGAAAAAAAACUUAUUCUUUCCAGCUGCUUCAUCUCGGCGUCAAAAAGUUAUCCUCCGAAUUCAAAGAUUUCCUUUCCAAAGUUCCAAGGCCUCUCUUGGUCUCUUCAUUAACGGGAUUGAGUAAAAUUCGAAAAGGACAACAUCCGCCGCCACAAUGGCUUCAGGUGGAAGCUGUCCAGAUAACAAAAGGAAUCACUGGGAAACAUUUCCAGCAUUUCGUAGGGACUGAAAUGAGCGCGAUUCUCGUUGCAACCAAUGGACUUUUCCACCUUUUAUCAGCUUAUUCGGAAAUGGGUGAGACUUUUGAAAAUAACUUUUAAAAUGUGUUAUCUACGGUUUAAAAGCAACCUCGCGUUUGUGAUGAGUUGCCGAUCACUUGAAAAAAAGUCACUAACUUUUUUCGGUUGCAAUCUGAGAAAAGUAUCUACACAAACCUUGAAUCUUGCAAAAUUUUAACCCUAUUUCUAAGGAAAAUUCAAUUUUUAAUUGUCCUCAGAAUUAUUUCAGUUGAUUCUGAAAAAUUCCAUAGUCGAAUAAAAAAUUUACAGGAGGGGAUAGUUGGUGGGAAAAUGUCCCUCUGAGAAGAAACGUGGCCCUCCAACUUGCGACGGUGCCGAAGACUUUCAAUUCCUCUCUCAGUUAUCAUUCCAACAUUUUCCGACAGUUUAUUCAGCUCUACAAUAAUGAGGUUUCACAGUCUUCUCGAAAACACGUUAAUAAUCUUCUAUUAGAAAGAUGAAGCUUCGCGCAAGAGACUCUCCUUGUUGAUGUGCUCUUUCAUUGAAGAACUGAGGAGGAAAAACUCGAAAAAUGCAGAUUUGAUCGUCUUUGAUUAUAUUUUGCGACCAUGGGAGGUUAGAUUUAUUCCUUUUCAGCAUAAUUUCCAUUGUUUUCAGGUUUUGAAUGAAAAGUUGGCUCAUUGGAAGACGAAAAACGGUUUUACUCUGGAUUUGGAUUCUUCAUUUUUGGAUUCUUUGAAAGUUAUGGAAGCACUGAAAGAUUCUGCCUUAUUAAUAGGACCCCGUUUCCUACAGGUUUCAUAGUUAUUUUUGCCGAAUAUCAUUUUUAAAAACUUGAAGGUGUCUCACAUAUUUGUGGAAUUGGCUUGUCACGACGUUUCAAUUGAGCAAGUGAAAACUGUCAGAUCCCUUCUGAAAUCACUCUUAUCGCCUAUUGAGAACUUGGUUUGAUCUUUCUUUCAAUUAAAACCUUGGAAAAUGAAUUUAGGGUGAGUUUCUGUAUUCAUUCGUGACCAGAUCCAAGCUAUCUGUCCGAGUUUCUGAAAAUUCCAACAAAACGAACAGUUUGGUUCAAGAAAUUGGCGAGGAGAUUGAUGAGAAAGGCAGUUUCGAGUUUACCUACCUGAUAAUUGAACUGAAAAGUUUCAGAAACGGGCCUUCAAUUCGUUAUCGAGAAAGAAGAACCUGAAGCUGCGAUGAUGCGGCGAUUGGAGCACGUUUGCGCCAUUAUUAAGGUUUUUGAGUCCAUACAAAGUUGCAGAACUUCUAGAAAAAAUUUUUAAGCUAAGAUAUCGGAUUAAAAACGUUUUUCUAAUUAAUAUCAUGAUAAUUGCGUUUUUCAUGUUAAUUUGAAAUACAACCAAACUCGCUUUCGAUUUUCUCAUGAAUAAUGUUUAAAAAGUUUUUCCAGGAACAUCUUGAAAAAAAAGUUCUGCUGGAAAUGUUGCUGAUGGGAGUUAAGAGCUGGAUGAGCGUUGAACGAAAAGAUUUCGAUGAUUCUCCUCGUUUUGUUCAUUUCGAAGAAAGCGGAGAUAACGGUUGGAUUUUCCUCUGUUUUUCAAGAAAAAUCGUGUUCUUUUUCAGAAAAUCCUUUGUUCUCACAUUUCAUUGUCGGAUAUUGCUUUGAACAAGUUUCAUCUCAUGAAAUCGGUGCUGAGAAUCGAGACGAGCUCCUGUUGCUGAUGAAGAUUGUUGAGGUUUGCUUUGUUUGGAGAAAAAUUGGAGCGAAAAAGUUUGAAAUUAAAAACUAUAUGUUUCAAAUUAGAUAGAUAGGAAGUAGAAUUGCUGAAAGUGUUUUUCUAAUUUUAAUGAAAGGUGUUUUGGAAAGAGAAGAAUACUCCGAAAUUGUGUUCUCUAUCUUUCUCCUUGUUGAAAAUUAGAUCAGCGAGGUUUUUUUUUUGAAACGCAACUGAAAUUAAGGUUUUUUUGCAGUUUUAAUUUGGGUAACCCAUAGAUAGCGUCAAUUUAUUAAUUUUGAAGGCUGUUUUGGAAGCAACUGGCCAGAAAUUGCGAGAUUUUUCUGUUAAAAAAAGUACUUUCGACGUUAUCAGUGCGGUUGGAGAGGAACAAAAUGUUGAGGUUGGUUUAGUAAACUCAUUUUUUUUAAAUGUAUUUAUUUGUCUUUUUCUAAUAACCGUCAUCAUUUUUCAAUUUAAGACCUCUUUUCUCAUGUUUGUUCAUAAAUGCCUAAUCAAAGCUUUGAAUACGUUUCUGAGCGAUUUUAAAUGAUUUGGAUGUUUUUUUUUUUCUAAUUCUUCUUUUUCAAGGAGUGUUCUCUUUUUCUCAUCUAUCGAAGAUAGCGAAAAAUUUGAAAAAGAAACUAAUGAUUUGGAAGAAUUUUUUUAGAUAUUUCUCGAGAAUAUGUUUUGGUUUCGAACUCUUUCGUGUGAAUCUUGUUUUUUCAGAGCACUUUAUGAGACUAUUUUAUUCUUUAUGACAGAAAUUGUUUGAUCUUCCCAAUUAUUCAAAGUGUGAUCUUCUUAAUUAUUCAAAUCAUGAAAAAUGGAUUUCAAAACAAAGAAACCUCGAGGUGAUGAUCGAAACUUCGAAAGCGUGUGUUGGAAUUGCGGGAGCUGUUUUGUUGGCCGCGACUUUUGAUCAAGAGGUUUUUCUUCAGAUUUUAUCUUUUUUAAUUUCAUUUGUUUAAAAAAUGUUAACCUCCCCCAUAGUCUUGUAGGAAUCCAAUUCUAUGCCUUAAAAAUUUCUUCAAAGUCAUUUUUCUAUUCAAGUUUUUGUUUAGCUGGCGCCGCUGGUUGACCAGGUUAUUGUGGCCGUCGAAAAAUUUGUUGUAGAAGCUGAAAAUCAUCGAAAUUCGUUCGAAAAUAAAUUGAACGCCGUUAUUGAUGAUGCGAAAAUGCUCAUUUCUCUACUUGGAAGUUGGUUUCGAAAGAAAAGUCUAACUUUAUGGGUUUAUUAAGGAACUCAAGCAAGUGGAGAAAAAACCGUUGCGAAAUACACGACUUCUCAGCCGAGGUCUGUUUUUUUGCUUUUUUUCUGAUUUAUAGAGCUUGUAGAAAUUUUUUUCUUUUAUCCAAUUUUUUUCAGAAAAAUUGAGAUUAGUGCCUUCAAAUUUGUAAAAAAUUCAAUAGUCUGUCGUUUUUUUGCUGUUUUUCAAUAUUUUAAUUUUUUUUAUAUUAUCCUUAAUUUGCUUAAUUUUUUUGAGGGUUUGAAAUGUUCAUUUGAAUUUUUUUAAAUGAGCACCUUUCUCAAUAUUUCAGUAUGUUUUCUUGACUACUUUUUUCAGAAUCUUGAAAUGUUAACGGAUUUUGCUUUAAAAAAAUUUUUUUUUCUUUAUAUUUUUGUUUGAUUAAGUACUUGAGAGUUUUUUUUUCCCAAUUUCUUAUCAUUUUAAAAUUAUCUUCAUUUUUCUUUGUUCGUGUUCCUAGAGUUUUUUCUAGUACCUCAAAAGAUGCAGUCGAAGAAGUUUUGGAAGACCUGAGUAGUGGAGAACCGGCCAUGCUGGGCGGCGCAUUACUUCGAGCUUCUCGAGUUUUCCGAUCAAAUUGCAAACCGGCCAUUUUGCGGCUGAAUCGAGCCGACUUCUAUGAGUCUGUUAAAAGUUAGAAACUCCAGAUCCUUUUGCUUAUAUUUGAAGUUAAGAUCUCUUGACCCAUGAAGAUUCCUAUGUCUUUCUCGCGGCAAUCAACUGUCUGUGUGAAAUGAUCUGCAAUGAUCGGAGUCUUCUGAAAGACGUCCUCGAUGUCUACGGAGCCAUGGGACAGGUUUCAACGGAAAUAUUUCCUUUUUUCAUUUCAAUGUUUUUUCAGAGUGAUUCGAAAGAUGAAACGGAUCUGAUUCGCCGUGGCAGAAUGGGCGAAGCGUUGGGGAAAGUCUUUCGCGAAAUUGGUAUCUGAUGUUCAACUUUAACUUUAUCCGAUGAAUUUUCCAGGUGAUUUUUCGCAUGUUUGGCUCGAGCAGAUUGCCGGAAUUUUUGUUAGGAACGUUAGGUGAGGAUUCUUACAAGGGAAAAAUCUGAGGUGGACAUUGAAGAUCUGAUCGAAACAGCCGCUUCGAAAUACCCAGGAAACGCUAACAAACUGUUUUUCUUCAGAUUUUUGGUUUCGAAUACAGCUGCUAUGAUUAUUUUUAUAACAAGCGUCACAGAAAAAAAUUUUUUUUGAAACAUUUAGCCUAGAACCACCUACCUCCCAAGUUUUGACCAGAAUUGCGAUUUUCACCUCAAACAGCUCCCUCAUUAAAUCUUGAAUCCCAAUUAUCCAGAGAAAAUGAAGAAAUAAUCCGAGCGAGUUCUUGCAAUGCUUUGGCUGACGUUGUAGCGGCCAGUCGUGGGAGAGGAUUGGAAAAAUUCAUCGAUGAGGUUCGUUUUACUGUUAUAAGUGAGUCUUGUUAAAAAAAAACAGAAAAAGCGCGGGAGGCGUGAAAAUUUUAUGGGGAGGUUCGUUUUUAUUUUAAAUUUUUCAAAGAACUGCUCAGUUUUUGGAAUUUUUAUUAAUUUAUUGUAUGUCAAAGAAUCAAGUAAACUCGAAUUUCGGAAUACAUAGUACUAUUAAUUUGAAGUUUUUCAAUUCGAAAAUAAGAUCAAAUAAAUUUGCUCAACGAUUUAGUGAUCAGAAGGCUUGAAGAAAAAACUUUCAAUUGAUGUUCUCAGUUUUCCCUUUUCUUUUAUGAUUUCUUGCCUUUUUGAAUCUUUUUUGAACAUCGUGGAUUUUUUUCAUUUUUUUUUUCUCGCACAAAUUGAUUCCAGAUGAUGCUGUGCGUCGACCAGCUUCUUCUCAUCGACAAAAGCGACUUGGUACGUCGCUCCAGUGUACACUUUGUCCGACAAUGUAUCGCUUCUUGUUCUGUCGAUGUGAUUCAGGUUGGAAAUUCAUUCCUUGAGAUCAGAUGUUAAAGAUGAAUAUUAAAAGGAAAACAGCUGUAGAAUCUUAUUUUUUCCUGUUUAAAAUGAGGAUCUCUAAAGUUUGAGCUCAUAAUAUUUGAAGCAUUGCGAAAAAUAGCUUUUGAAAGUUUUCAAAAUUCUGAAGUUUUGAAAUAGACAAGAUUUUUUUUCUUCGAUAGGCUUUUUACUGGAGUUCACUUUGAAAGGGAAAUGACUCAAGUAAAGUUCAGGAUACUUCUUCAAUUUCUAUUGCAAAGUAUUUUCAGCUCAGAACGAGUUUUUCAGUUUUUUUUUACCGUUUGAAACACUCACAAGGAUAUGUUCAGAUUGUAUGAUGUUUUGAAAUAAGCAAGAAGUUUAAAAAAAGCGAAACGAAGAUAUUUGGCCCGUAACAGCCAAAAAUCAUGAAAGAUGUGAGAUAGACGUUUUCCAUUCAGAUAAUGGGCCCACGUCUUCGGGAUCUCAGAAGAAAGCUGACGUCACUGUGGAAGUUCGACCGAGAUGACGUCGUUCGACUUCAUGCUCAACUCUGCAUCGAGGAACUUGGUCACUGCUUGGAACUCAUUUUCGAAGAAGAACAAUCUCAUUAUUGUCGUAGAAUUCGGAUAUGA